ACUCAUCUGCCGGCCGACGGGCUGGAGGCCGUCGAGUUGGUCGGCAAGGCGGAGCCGGACAACGAGUACCAAUACUACAAGCCGAAGCGGAGCAGCUCGCUCAAGUCGGCGCGCACGCCGCCCGACACGCCGGCCCGCAAGGCGGUCCGGUUCGCCGACGUCUUCGGCCUCGACCUGACCACCGUGAAGACGGUGUUCGACCACGACGCGCCGCCCAAGAUCCCCGCCUCGGCGAUGCAGGACCUGCGACUGGACAGCGAUCUCUCCCUCUCCAGCAUCGGCGCCAAGCACUAUCGCCUCUGCUUCGCGCAGCCGGGCGCUUCGCCCAGCUUCAUGACUCGCGUGCUCGCACAGACCGUCAGUCUGGAGUCGGCCGACAUCGACCAGACGCGCAACAUGCUCACGGGCACGGUGCGCGUCAAGUCGUUCGGCUUCGAGAAGCACAUCUUCAUUCGCAUCACCUUCAACAACUGGCAGACGCACUCGGAGACGUCGGCCGCCUACGUGCAGGGCUCGCACGACGGCAUGACGGACCGCUUCUCGUUCAGCAUCGUCUUCCCGGUCUGCAUGGUGGCCGGCGAGCAGGCGCAGUUCGCCAUUCGCUACGAAACGCACACGGGACUGCUGUUCUGGGACAACAACUACGGACAGAACUACGUGGUCACCUGCUAUGCCAAGCACACAGACAUGGGCGGCGACGGCUCCUGGAUACACUAUAUCUGA